AUGACUUCUUCCAACGCCGACCAGCGCCUAGAGCAUCUCCUCAGCGCCGUGGAGAGCGAGUUCCAGAAGGGCAGCGAGAAGGGAGACGCGUCCGAGAGGGAUAUUAAACUGACGCUGGAGGAUGGGGACUUAUGGAACAAGUUUAAAGAGUUAACCAACGAGAUGAUUGUCACCAAAACGGGAAGGAGGAUGUUUCCGGUGCUCAGGGCAAGCGUCAGCGGCCUGGACCCGAACGCCAUGUACUCGGUGCUGCUGGAUUUUGUGGCCGCGGACAACAACCGGUGGAAAUACGUGAACGGGGAAUGGGUUCCCGGAGGCAAACCGGAGCCGCAGAGCCCCAGCUGCGUCUACAUCCACCCGGACUCCCCUAACUUCGGAGCGCACUGGAUGAAAGCGCCAGUUUCCUUCAGCAAAGUCAAACUGUCUAAUAAGCUGAAUGGAGGCGGACAGAUCAUGCUGAAUUCUCUGCACAAAUACGAGCCGAGGAUACACAUCGUGAAGGUUGGAGGCAUCCAGAAGAUGAUCAGCAGCCAGUCUUUUCCUGAAACGCAGUUCAUCGCCGUCACCGCUUAUCAGAACGAAGAGAUCACUGCUCUGAAAAUAAAGCACAAUCCUUUUGCUAAAGCCUUCCUGGACGCCAAAGAAAGGAGCGAUCAUAAAGAAGUCCCUGAUCACAGCGCCGACAGCCAACAGUCUGGCUACUCUCAACUUGGAGGUUGGUUCCUCCCGGGCCAGAGUCCCAUCUGCCCCAGCAGCAGCCCCCCUCAGUUCAGCAGCACAGCGGGCCACUCCUCGGGCUCCUACUGCGAGCGCUAUUCCAGCCUAAGGAGCCACAGAGCCACCCCGUACCCCAGCCACUACCCCCACCGCACCUCCAGCACGAAUAACUACAUGGACAACACUUCAGGGACUCUGCCUACUCAUGACAGCUGGUCUGCACUUCAGAUCCCCAACUCCACAGGCAUGGGCACUCUGUCCCACACCACCAACUCCACAUCCAAUUCAAGUCAGUACCCCAGUUUAUGGUCAGUAGCUGGCACCACCCUCACCCCUUCAGGCUCAGCCUCUGGCUCUAUACCCGGUGGAUUGACCUCCCAGUUCCUUAGGGGUUCCUCCUACACAGGCCUGACCUCUUCGCUGCCCGUCUCCUCGCCUUCCUCCAUGUAUGACCCCAGCCUGAGUGAGGUCGGAGUAGGGGAAGCCCAGUUUGAGAGCUCCAUCGCCAGGCUGACUGCGUCCUGGGCGCCCGUGGCUCAGAGCUACUGA